UCCCCUUCUUACCCACCGUGCAAAGUGUAUAUGCAUUAACCCAGUCGAAAGGUCUCCAAAUCUCUGAACUUCAAACUUUCUUAUUCAAACACAUUACUUUAAGUUUAUAAAUAGAUUUUUCUUAUGUGACAAACAAUUUAUUAAUCAAUCCUUACACUAUAGUCUAGUCAAGGUCUAGUUCAUCAUCUAGACAUGCUCCUAAUUUAGCUUGCACCCCCUCGGCUACAGGGACACCACUUUUUGACCAACCAAAUUAACUUGUAUCAAGGCCUAGUUAUGGCCGAGUGGCAGAUUUAGACGUGUUUUCCUAAUUAGUACUAGCCGGCGCAGCUGGAACUGCAUCGGCGUUGACAGCUGGAGCACAACCGGAUCGUGAUUUGGUCAGUUUUGUUGGGGGUUGUUUACCACUUAAGUGACAUUUGUCAUAAAUUUUGAUAUUAGAAAACUCCUUUGAAAAAUAAGACUGUUGAUUUUCUUGAAUUUUUUUCUUCAGAAAACUCGAUUUUUAAGAAAGUAUUGCCAGGGUCAGACUGACCACCAACCGUAAGUCACCGUCAAUUGCCCACAGCCAGAUCACCCAAAUCAAUCAGGAUUAGCCAUAACCUUACCUUGUCAAGAAUGCGCGCGCUGCUUGCCAUUGAUGCUGAAAUGAUAUUAUUAUUAUUAUUAUUUUCGCCUCACAUCCGAAAACGGACAACCUCAACACGGAGAUUAGGUGAUCAAUUUCUUCAACACGAAAUUGCACUCACCACGGGUGGCGUCACAAUAUAAUACUCGUUUUGCCCCACAUUCUCGGUGGGACAUCGCGUGCGGAGGAGCGGACUUCGAGGUUGACCGAUGUUCUGGCGUUGAGGCAUGUGAAGGAAUCUAGAACGGUGCUCGCCUCCUCCCUCGUGGCCAUGUGCCUCGCCUCGCCGAUCGCUCCCCUGCACCAGAACCCGGAAGCCUCGGCCCAAAUCCUGGCCUACGAGAACGUCCUGCACGACGAUGGCCACUACAACUGGGGCUACCAAACGAGCAACGGAAUCGCCGCCCACGAGGAGGGCCUCGGAGCGCACCAGGCCAACGGAGUGUUCUCCUACACCGGUCCCGAUGGCGUCCAGUACCGCGUCCAGUAUGUGGCCGAUGAGAACGGAUUCCGCCCGGAGGGUGCCCAUCUGCCAACCCCACCGCCAACCCCGGACCACGUGAUCAAGUCGCUCGAGCAGAUCCGUGCCAACCCACCCAAGUACCAGAAGGACUUCAGCCUGGAAGCCCUGGAUGCCACCAUCCGUCGGCUGAAGAACUAAACGUUGCUACUCGUGGAUUGACCCCAAUAUCGACUUCAUCGGAUUAUAUUUUGUUCAAAUGUUGAAACUGUUAUCGUUGGUUGGAACUGCAACCACGAAAUGUGCGUGAGUUAAGAAUGUUGUGUUCGUUUACCGUCAUGGAACAAACUAUUUGUGUUUGUACAUAUCGAGUGUGAAAG